AUGAUAAGAAGGGAAAUUGAAACAGAAACGCAGAGGGAAUUACGACUUCGAAAGAUCUUCAAGGAUUUAGACGUUAAUGACAGCGGACUGUUUAAUGUUGAUGAUUUGAAGACCGCCUUUCAUCGAAUGGACCAUCCAUUAAAGGACAAUGAUGAAGCGAUAAAGGAAUUAUUUGGUUCAAUGGACAUAAACAAUAAUGGUUUCAUUAAUUAUCAAGAGUUUGAGAAAUUUAGUACAUUGGCAGAAUCUCAAAUUGAGUUAGGUUUUAACCAGAUCGACCAAGAUAAAGAUGGCAUUAUCAAACCUUCAGAAAUAUAUGAUUACUUACGUCAGUUUGAAGACAAUACCUUAGGUAAAGAAAGUCGGUUUGUCGGCAUCAAAACUCCAAAAGAUCCAAAGAUGUUAAACUUUUUACAUUGGGCAUUUAAACUUAAAGGGAAUGACAAUAUUGAUAGAGAUUCUCAUUAUAUAACAUAUAAUCAGUGGCGAGAUUUUUUAUUAUUGAUGCCUAGGCAGAAAGGAUCACGAAUACAUGCAGCAUUAGGAUACUACUAUCUAUUUAAAGAAGAUGUUGAUCUUUCAUCUGAGGGUGAUAUGACGUUAAUAAAUGAUUUUAUUAAUGGGUUUGGCUUCUUCUUAGCAGGCGGUGUAUCAGGAGUUGUAUCACGUACAUGUACUGCUCCAUUUGAUAGAAUUAAGAUUUUUUUAAUUGCUAGAACUGAUCUUUCGUCCAUUUUAUUGAAUUCAAAGGAACAAGUAUUAGCACAUAAUCCUCAUGCAAAUGUUCAAAAAAUUCGUUCUCCUAUAAUAAAAGCCGCUGUUUCAUUAUACAGAGAAGGUGGCUUAAAAUCGUUUUAUGUGGGGAAUGGGUUGAACGUGUUAAAAGUUUUCCCUGAGAGUUCAAUGAAAUUUGGGUCUUUUGAAAUCUGUAAAUCUAUUAUGGCAUCAUUAGAAGGUAAGAAAGACAAAUCAAGCAUUUCAAAACUUUCUACUUAUAUUGCUGGUGGGCUAGCUGGAAUGGUUGCUCAAUUUACCAUUUAUCCUAUUGAUACAUUGAAAUUUAGAAUGCAAUGUGCACCACUACAUAACGAUGUAAAAGGGAAUGCUCUUUUACUGAAAACCAUGAAAGAUCUUUAUCGGGAAGGUGGACUUUCAAUAUUUUAUAGAGGUAUUACAGUAGGUUUAUUGGGUAUAUUUCCCUAUGCUGCAUUUGAUCUUGGUACAUUUACAGCAUUAAAAAAAUGGUAUAUUAAACGUGAAGCGUUAAGAACUGGUUCACUUGAGGAAAAUGUGACACUCAAAAAUACAGUAGUAUUGCCAAUGGGUGCCUUCAGUGGCUCAGUAGGGGCCUGUAUAGUAUACCCCAUAAAUUUGUGCCGAACAAGAUUACAAACUCAAGGGACAUUUGCCCAUCCUUAUCACUAUACCGGAUUUAGAGAUGUUUUUGUUCAAACUUUAAAGAGAGAAGGUUAUCAAGGAUUAUAUAAAGGAUUAACACCUACUCUAGCUAAAGUAUGCCCUGCUGUUUCAAUUAGUUAUUUAUGCUAUGAAAAUAUUAAACGUGCACUAAACUUAGAGAAAUAG